AUGGCCAGCGGCGGCAAGGACGUGGUGAAGGAGGCUCGGUCCGUGCUGCUGCAGGAGUACGACGGGGACCACAAGGGGGCGCUGGCCCGCGCCGUGAAGCUCUCCCGCUCGCACCCGCGGUCGGCGAUGGCGCUCCGGCUCGCCGGGGACCUCCACCACGCCGCAGCGAUCAGGGCGCGGAACAUCGAAAAACUUGGCGGGAAGGUGGCCAUCGACGCGGACCGGGAGGCGAUCAAGCACGUCGAGUUGGCCCGCCAAGCACUCUCCAAGGCCAAGCAGCUCGUCCCCGACUGCGUCGACAUCGCCACCGCGCUCGGCGACGUCUUCGCCUUCACCACCAUGUACCAGGAGGCGGAGGUCGAGUACAACUACGCACUGGCCAUCCCCCUCCCCGUCGACCCAGCUCUUCACAACGCGGCGUACGGCCUGCACGGCCGCGACCGCACCACCGUGAACGAGAGGGUGAAGGAGGCAAGGGAGAAGGCCGACGUCGCCUACGGCCGCCUGACGGAGCAGUUGAUCGAUAUCUCGGUAGGACAAAUGUUUGAAGCCUCGGACGGCGCCAAGGAGGUGGGCGCUCUCCUCCAGGCAAAACCGGGUGCGUCGGCGACGGAGAUCCUGAAAGCUGAGCGCGACGCGGCGCUGGAGCAGCGAAAGAACGCGAGGAGCCUCGCCGAGGCCUUCCCGGGCUCGUCGCGCGCGCAGUGCUUCUACGGCUACAUGGACCUCAAGUUCAAUCGCCUCCUCGACGAGUCCAUCGACAAGAGGAGCUUCGUGCGGCGCAGCACCCUGAGCAUCGUGGACCGCGCGGCGGAGAAGUUCCCCAACUCGAUGGUGAUCGCCUCGUUCCGCGCCAAGCUCCUGUACAUCCUGGGCGACUACGAUGCCGCGGAGAAAGAUUGCCGCCGAGCUCUCAACAUGAAGAAUCCUGAUGAUCCCGCAGAUGACUGCGUGCCGCCUGGUUCCAUCAGCGGGCCGAACCGCGGCGCGAGGGAAGUUUCUCUCUCCUGCGUGUUCCAUGAGCUGAUCAACAAGAUCGUAGGUGCAGCCAACGAUUACUGGAGUUGUAUGACAGAACAGAAAAGGAGCGAGUUCCUAAGUGUGAGGUUUGAUGCACUACAGGAGGAGUACAAUAAGGUUGAUCGCGCUUCGUUCAGCGUGUGGGACGUGCUGAUCUUUGUGGAGAAACACAAGUCUUACAGAUUUUGGAUUUGCCCCUUCUGUGAUAACCAUAGCAAGAAGCAUACGGACACUGCAUCGCUACUGUCACACAUGUGCAGCAAGCACCAAAGGGCAGUUUUGCCGAGGCUGCAAUCGGCUUUAGAUCAGAAAUUGGAUUGCACUGCAUUUGACAGUGAUCUGUGCUCUUUCAAUAGGAUAACUUUUUCUCAAGAUUCUGAUCAGAACGACAUUGUGUGCUUUAAAGAGAGAGAUCAGAUGUUCAGAUGGCUGUUUGAUAAACCCUCAAGUGGAAUAGGAACACAUGCACUGUCUCAAAUAAUAGAAAGAAAACGCACGAAAGGAAUUGUGCUCCUUGAGCACAUCAAGGAGAAGUUGAAGACUUUGGCUGCAGAUAAAUUUAGUACUGAGUUUGCUGAGGCUCUUCCAGGAAUACAGGAGUUGUGGAUUAAAUUUGUUCAAGGUUCUGCUGUGGAUUAUCGAGAAGUCAUCUUGGCAAUUGGAAGAUCGUUGCUAUGGAUGAAAUUAAAGAAAUGCAUGUCUGAGGAUCCGGAAGUAGGUGCUAAGAGGAUUUGUGCUGCUGAUAUUGAUGAAAUGCUUGCUAUUGCAGCUUAUAAUUAUAGCAGUGGUGCUGUUGAAGUGUUUUCACACUCAGAUGAGGCUCAAAAGAUAAAUCAGAAUCAUCAAGGAAGUGACUUUCAUGGUGAAAAUAGAAGCUCUGGGACCACUGUGGACAUGAAAUUGCAAGAUCCACCAACCAAUAUGGAUGAAAAUGGAAACAAGCUAGAUGAACAGCUGGAAAAACUGGAGAUUGAUCUAAAUUCUGCUCGAUCAAGUCCAAGUCCUCAACCCAGUACACCAAAUGAAAAUAGAGGCCCCGACAUAUUAGACAGAAUCGGUGAUAUCGUCAUAUGAAAAUGAUUUUAGCAUACAUAUGUUUUUGUGUUAUAUAAACACAAAACUAUAUGUAAGCUCAUUUGAUGCUGGGAACGAUCCGAAGAAAUUCAUUUCUAGGAGGCUAUAAAACAAAAUCUUGUGAAUUAACUACGUGAUGCUUUGGAAUUUGAACUAUGGGUUGUCCAUCGUUCCAUAUGAUCGCCUGACAGGAUGUAAUGCAUUAUAUCUAUGCUUCAAUAAUAUCUAUGGGUGUGUCUUGGUGUGCGCUAUUUGGUUUCAGAUCUUGUAGUAGGGAGUUUAAUCUUGUUGGACACCAAAUGUAAUCUGCAUCGACUUGGAUCCUAAUGCUAUUUUGGUAUAGUUGUCAGAUGUUGAUUGAACUCUUCA